UCUUGUAAUUUCCAUAUGCUCCUUUUUCCACCAGCAUGGGCGGCAGUGGGCGUAAACGGGUGCAACGCCCAGACCAAGGAGGUGGGCGUGUGUCUCCACGUCUAUUUGGAAAGGGAUUUCCUGUCGCUGGAGAGGAUAGUCUAUCCUCGGCAGAUGGAUAUGUAUCGCUACGUCCCGGAAGAGCUCCGCCAGCCUCUGCCUCCGCUCCCGGAGCUGCCCGACGGAGACGGCGAGUGGACAGAGCCUCUCGAAGGAGCCGCGAAGAAGGAAGACGCGGAUGCGAGGAACGUCGUCGUGGGCCGCCACCAGCACCUGCUGCAGAAGGAAGGCAGCUCGUGGAGGAGAGUGUCCCGCGAGGCGCCGGGGGACUUCGCCGUCAUCGACGCCUACGGAGAGCACGGUUGGGUCGAGGGGCCUGAGCUGGAGGAUUACUGCCAACGUAUUGGCUCUGUCAUCAAGUGCUUUGAGGACAUAUUGAUCGACUGUGACAGUGGAUAUGACUUUUUCAGGUACCGCCACCUCCUGCACUCCCUGGAUCGCGUGCACACUUACCUGUGCAAAACGCCUCAUUCCAGAGAGAAUAGAUUUUUGCCGUUCCUCCGCCUCAUCGACUGCGCGGAGAGAGCCCGCAUCGAGCAGAGGUCUUGCCAGCGCCCCAACGUCACCAUCAACGUGUGGAACCAGAUUCUGCGGCUGGAAAUCGGGCCGGAAAUGUGCGACUCCCUGAACACCCAGAGGGCGUGCCUCCUGGAGAACGAGUACGUGAGGCGCGAGUGCGGGGGCCUCGAGAAGGAAGAACUGUACAAGAACGUGUCCACCAUCUUCCUAGCCACGUGGUGCAAGCUGCCGCUCCCGCCUCACCUGCUGCCCAGCGCGUCUAGUCAAAGGUCGCCGUCAGUAGCAAGUCUCCUCCUGGUGGCGCUGGCGUGGCUCGUGGGCGAGACUCUGUCCUGCUGACCUCGGCCUGGGCUAAUGCCGCGGAAAUUCUCGUUGUACGUGUCUUUCUUUCAAUUUUUAGUAUUGUAAGUUUUUUUUUUUUUUUUUUUUUUUUUGUCGUUUUUGAAAUGGAAUUGAAAGCCUCUCUUCUUUUUCCUUCCUUUUUGUGAACUGAGGCUGGCUUUCAACGCACCAUUAAUUGUGAUUAUGGAAAAGAGACAUUAUCCAGAUAUAUUUAAUGUGGACUCACUGAAAAAAAGUGAAUUGACAGUGGCAAAGUGUACUUAAACAUACGUAGUGUAAUUUGGAUUGAGAAAUUUAGGCAUUUCAUCCGUGGUAUGAUCUGCACAAUGAUAAACUACAUAGGGUUAUUUACUGAUAUAAAGUGAAUGAUACUGACAUGCUCUCAUGCUCUACGCAUAUGUUUUGAUACUGUCUUGUCAUUUUCUUUUCUUUUCUUUUUUUUUAAUUAACGUGUGCUCAAUUAUUCUAUGUGGCUCUUGUAAGACACAUUAUCUGUGACUUUCAUGAUUUUGUGAUAUGGAAAACAGUGUAGUGUCUUGAUGGAUAUUUAUUAUUAAAUGGACUCAAAUUAUUAUGAUAUUGUACUCUUGACACAUUUGUUUGUUCUGUGAUUUCAUUGCCAUCGUCAUUUUCAUUACUGCUCCUUCUAUCAUAAUUAGUGGUAUUAUUAUUUGUAUUAUUAUUAUUAUUAUUAUUAUUAUUAUUAUUAUUAUUAUU